AUGCGGGCGCAGCUUUUCAAGGUCAGAGCAUCUCCGGCGGCAUCAGCUAACGCAUUCGAAAGCCGCGAACGCGCAUGCGUGCCGCAUAUGCCACAGGCAAUUCUCUCGAAGGCAAACGCACUUCUUCGCCACGAGGCAGGUCAUGUUACGCCCAAUGCUGCGCCAGCUGUCCUGAAUAGCCCGAGGCGCACCCACGCCUGCUUGGAGUGCGCAAAAGCCCGCACGCGGUGCUCAGGAGAAUCACCAUGUCAACGGUGUGUAAAGAAGAACCUCAUGUGCGAGCAUCGUCUACGUAAGCGCCGUGAGACACAGUAUACGCAGGUGGCCAAUGCUGGUGACCAGCAGCGAGGGGCGACCGAGAUUCAGGACGUGGCGAUUGCACCGCCAUCGAGCCUGAGCUCCAAGUCGCCGGCAGUUGAGUAUGACCAGGUGCAACCCCAAGUCAGUCCAUGGCUGUCGCAGGUGGUACCUGGAAGCUCUUCUGAGGGUCACUGGCCCCGCGAAGACCAGGACGCUGGUAGCCUCAGAAUUGUCGACCUUGGCAUGGCGGACAGCGCUGUAUCCUCCAUAGGCCACAAUUAUGGACCCAUGGGCAGUCUCUCACAAGUAUAUCCGAACUGGCUUCCCUUCAACAUGAUGGACGAAUCGCUUGCCUUCGAGCUGGAAGGCCCCAUAUCCACCUUCUCGACGGUUCCGCAACGGACCGCAGCUGACGAACCUCUAAACGAGAUACUCUCAUCAGCGACCGACCAAAUCUUUCUAAACCCAAUUCCAUCCGGCAGUGCCAUAGAAGUUAAUAUGUAUCCAGAUCAUACUAACUGUUCGGUCUCACGCUCAUCUCACAUGGAAAGCACGUUGUCACCUUGUAGCACUGGCACCGGAGAAGAUACUAUAGCUGAGCUCAAGUCUGACCCGCGCUACGUCGGCUACGCCGUCGGUCUUGGGGCCCGAAACACGCGAUACGACGGGAAAACGAAAAGAAUAAUGCGCCACCGCUUACGGUCAGAGUCACAGUUGAGAAGGACUGCGGCGUCUAUCAGUUCCAAAUCGCCAAAGCAGCUGGCGAGUCGCGAGAGUGAGCUCGCGUGCCGCCUCGACGCAACGAGUGCAAAAACGUACAUGACUGACCACCAGUACGAGACCUCUCUGAAAUACUACGAAGAAGCCAGAAGCAGCCGUACACUCUCCAAGUUGUUGCAAUCUACACCGCAACCAUUCCCACCCCUACGUCUGCUAAAUUGGCAGAUUUAUCUCUAUCUGUGUCAUUUUCAUCCAGACUAUCCAUUUCUUGACUCGCAGAAGCUAGAUCGCCAUGAGAUAGACUGGCCGCUUCUGAUCGCCCUUGCAGCCAUCGGAUCCAUAUAUGCUCCUCCCAAAUCAGCACGGGGUCAUGGGGAAUUGCUCCAUGCCUUUCUCUACACCCAUCUGACAAAUAUUCACAGCGACGGCGGGUUAGAUGAAUCGUUGGAAUACGUUCAGACCAAGGCUCUAAACAUUGUUGGGUUGUGUCAAACCUCAAAAACGGCACUCGUUGAACGGGGAUACAAGGAGAGGGACCUUUUGUCUGGUUCAUGCUUCCGUCUGGCCCUUCUCAAGCACAGGAAUCAACCUGCACUCCCACAUGAUGGGCCACUAUCUGGGGUGAACUGGAGGGCUUGGCGCGAACGUGAGGAAUACUUGAGGACGGGGCUUUUCGUCUGGAUGCUAGACUGCAUUCUGGCGUAUACAUCCGACUUUCAUGCACGGUUUCAGCUUGACGAUCUUCAGCUUGAACUACCUUGCGAGGAAGCAUUAUGGCAGACGGACAAAUUUGAUGAAUGGACAUAUUUACAUGCCAAGCGGCAAGGUUGGUCGUCACGGUUUCUCCAGUAUUCAUAUUUAUUGCAAUUGCAAUCUCAUCUGUCUCCGGACCCGAGAUCGUGGAUGAAGACCUCAGACACUCAAACGGUUCGCGACGCACUUGAAGAGCUUCACGUACGGAGUUAUAUCCGACCAUCAGUCUCCAACUUUGGACGAAUAAUCAUCAUACAUUCUCUAUUUGAGUGGAAUUGGCAAGUUCAGCGCUUUUACACCAACAAACUCUCACAGUGGACUCCGACUGCAGCACGGAAGCCUCCCAGCAGCGUUGGCAAAGCCACAUCCAUAGUACCUUAUCCAGCCUCCAUUCCGCAGAUCUCAGCAUGGAGAAACAGUGCCUGUGACUGCCUCGACGUGCUGCAUUGGGAAGCCCUCAGCGUUUCGUCCAAGACAGGAGGCAUAGAAAGCCCGCUAUUCCUGGUCCUGCACCUAGCGCGCCUCAUCCUACUCACCCCCGUAUCCCAUCUUAGAACCCUGGCAGAAUACCGCCGCAAUCAUGGUGCCAGUGGCACGGGUGAUCCCCAGACCUGGCCGAGUGAGUAUGAGUUGGUGGUGCGUUGCUGGUUCACCAGUGACAAGUACAAAUGUCGCCUGGCCGUGUUGCACGCGGGCGCCAUUUAUUGGCACAUCCGACGUUAUUCCUCCGACGCCAUUCUCCAACCAUUCGCGGCAUUUCUAGCAACGUUGGUCCUCUGGGCGUACGCCACCUACUCUUCCGCGGCAGCGUCUGGCCCCGAGAUAUCCUCGGCUAACCUCGAGGGCGGCACGAACCCGAAUCCCGGAUCGGUCGCCAGGAACGGGGCUAUUGACAGCAAUGCCACCACGAUGGGAAAUCCCCCUGACUGGACCGGCGCUGACCCCAUAGCCGAUGAAAUGGAUGAAGUUUCGCCAUGGUCGGAUAGUGAAACAUCUACCUAUUCAACUUCUCAGCCUCGGGCACCAAGCUUCAUGCACCUUGAUCGGCCCUUUGAUGACGAGCUCGCGCAGCAUUUUAUUCGCUCGGCGGACACUAUGCGAGCCUUCGUUGACGGAGUUGGAGACCUCUGCACAACCGUUCCAGCAAAUGUUCUCCAAGAGGGGGUCCGUCUCCUUCGGGAGAAAUGUCGCAAAUGGGAGAUAUCUAAGAUAUAUUCUUAUACCCUGGAAGAUCUCAUGCUGCACAGCCCAUUAAGCUAA